GCAGUAUUGCAGGCUAGUUCUGCUGACUGCCAACUGCCAGCAUUUCAGCAGUUUGAGCCACCAGCUCAAGGUUGACUCAGCUUUCCGUCCUUCCGAGGUUUUAAAUGAUUUCCAAUGUCCCAAAACAGACAAGAACAGGAAGACAACCAGUCAGAUGAAAAAUGCCACCAAGAGUUAGAAGCAGCGGAAAAGGAGUUGGAAGCCAAUGCAGACAUAACCGAUUUUAGCCUGCUAGAAGGUCCUCAGACUUCAACCGCGGAACAAACACUGAAGCCUGAGAGUUGGCUUUGGGGGUGGUUUCCCUUCCCCCUUCUCUCUGGGCUGACCUGGUUGGGAGACAGAAACAAGCCUAUUCAGGAGCCCGUUUGCUGCCAAAUCCAGAGAAAAAAAACAUCCAGUAAUAUGUGCCCGGCGUGUGAGAUUAUGUUCUGCAAAAAAUGUGAGACGUUACAUUACAGCCGGGUCUUCAUUGAACAUGGGCUCCUGGGUCACAGCACAGAGAGCUUGCCAGAGGCUCUGAGUCCCGCAGUGAGCACAGGUUCCAUAGAUUUAGUUGGUGCUCCAGUGGAAGCAGAAGGCAGAGAGACAAAAUGGCCAUAAAGAGGGAACAAUGGAUUUAUUUCUUGAGGGUCCACCAACACCACCAGCCGUCUGCUUAAUCUAUUUACCUAAAAGAAUGGAAGUUUGGCCAAAUUCACCAUAACUACUUAUAUGUGUAUGGAGAUAGGAUUGUUUUGUUGUAAAUAAAAUCUAUUUGGCUUUGAGGAUUUCCAAAAACAUAAGAGUUAUAGCAAGGUUGGAAUGAUACCAGAAGAAUCUUAACUAUAGCAUCCUAAGGAUUAAAAUGGUUUUAAUUUCUA